AUGGCGGCUAGGGACCGCUUCGGUGUCUACGCUGAGCCGGGCUUGUCACCGUUGCAGCGGGCAAUUCGGAAUGCCUGCGACCCGCAAAAUUACGAGCCCAAUCUGGCCCUGAAUCUCGAAGUUGCGGACCUAAUCAACUCCAAGAAAGGCAAUGCACCCCGUGAAUCGGCAUUCGACAUCGUUCAUCUCAUCAAUUCCCGAAACCAGAAUGUCGCGUUAUUGGCGCUAGCGUUACUCGACAUCGUCGUCAAGAACUGCGGAUACCCCUUCCAUCUUCAGAUCGGCACAAAAGAAUUCUUGAAUGAAUUGGUUCGCAGGUUUCCCGAGCGUCCGCCCAUGCGGCCCUCUAGGGUACAGCACCGCAUCUUGGAGUCGAUUGAGGAGUGGCGACAGACUAUUUGCCAAACGUCGCGCUACAAGGAGGACUUGGGGUUCAUUCGGGAUAUGCAUCGUCUCUUGCUUUACAAGGGUUAUGUGUUCCCGGAGGUCCGCAGGGAAGAUGCUGCAGUCUUGAACCCGAGUGAUAAUCUACGUUCUGCUGAUGAGAUGGAAGAGGAGGAGAAAGAGGCCCAGUCUGCUAAGCUUCAAGAGUUGAUUCGAAGGGGUACUCCCGCCGAUCUGCAGGAGGCUAACCGGCUCAUGAAGGUCAUGGCCGGAUAUGAUAACAGGCAUAAGACUGACUACCGGGCGAAGGCUGCGGAGGAAGUCGUUAAGGUGCAACAAAAAGCUAAGAUUCUGGAAGAGAUGCUACAGAAUCAGCAGCCCGGCGAAGCUCUCUCCGAGGGCGAUGUUUUCGAGGAACUUGCGGGUGCACUUCAGAGCGCUCACCCAAAGAUCCAGAAAAUGUGCGAGGAAGAAUCGGAUGAUCCCGAGGCUGUCCACAAGCUGCUGGAGAUCAACGACAGCAUACACCGUACAAUUGAGCGGUACAAGCUAGUCAAGAAGGGUGAUUUGGAUGCUGCAUCUCGGAUUCCCAAGGGAACAUUGGGUACUACGACAGGAGUUUCUACGAAUGCGAAUAACGAGCUCUCUCUAAUCGACUUCGACCCGGAACCUCAGCCCAGUUCUAACGGCAACGAGGCUACGCCAUCUCAGGGUGGCAGCUCAUUGGAGAACGACCUGCUCGGCCUGUCAUUGGGCGAGCAAGGUCCUUCUCCCGGUGGUGGCAUUUCUCUCGGUUCCACCAACUUCCCAUCCAUGUCAGCAGGCUCAACACCACCUGCCCAACAACAGGCACAAACCUUCAAACCUAAUUAUGAUAUCCUUGCUUCAAUGAACAGUUCGCGACCUGUCUCUCAAUCCCCCACUCCCAUGCGCGCGCCGCCAGCCCCAUCUACAGCGACGCCGCCACCCAUCGACCCAUUUGCAUCGCUAGUCUCCGCCAGCCCAAGGCAAUCAUCCAGUCCUUUCCAAGCCCCCGCGCAAACCCCUCCCGCUUCCUCGUCGCUACUCGAUCUCGUCGGAGGACCGGCUCCGCAAACUGCACCCGCACCCGCAGCCGCAGCUGAAGAUGACGAGUGGAAUUUCGCAUCAUCCCUACCAGCCAGCAACGCCCUCCCAUCAGCAAACAAGAUCCAAGUCCUGAACUCGCAGCUCCGCGUCGACUUUGCCGCACGCCGCGUGCCCAACCAGCCGCGCCAGAUUCACGUCAUGGCCAACUUCUCCAACAACACCAGCCAACCUAUCGGCGAGCUCCAUUUCCAGGUUGCCGUGGAGAAGUCUUAUAAACUCCAACUCCGACCCCAGUCCGGUCGCGACAUCGCACCACAGCAGCAAAACGGCGUCCAGCAGGAGAUGCUCAUGGACGGCAUCGACGUGGGGAAGGGCGACUCUGUGAAGAUCCGCUUCAGGGUUUCCUACAAGCUUGGCGGCGAGGCGCGAGAGGAACAGGGCAUGGUGCCGCCUCUCGGCAUCGCCUGA